AUGGCGCUCGCCUCCGCCCCCUCGUGUCCUGCUGCCGCCCGGCUCAUCGUCUCGCUGCUUGUCGUAACCGCGGCGGCGGUGCACUUCGUCCGAGCCGACGACCACUGGCGAGAGAUCGACGAAGACGACGCCUUCUCAAUAGAAGUGCCCGUGGGCCCGGAGCAGGGGUCGCGACGCGAACGGCGGCAGUUCGGCUGGCCGGGCAUCCUGCCGGUGGGUCCGUGCUUCACCAGCAAGGGCGUGCUCGGCCGCUGCACCAGCUUCCGCCAGUGCUACCCCUACUUCAAGCUGCCCGAGCUCACCAAUUGGGAGACCUGGGUGCUUGGCAUGUACGACACGUGCAGCUACUUCACAGAGAAUGGCCGUCAGAUGUUCGGCGUGUGCUGCACGAACCCGGUGACGCCGCGGCCGACGCAGCCGCCGCGGCCGACGCCGCCCACGGAGCCGGUGGUGGCGCCGGAAGAGCCGAGCCCGGCGCCGGGUCCCGUGCCGCCCAACUGGCCGCCGCCGCUGCCGACGCACUCGCCCAACAACACGAUCCCGCCGCUGCCGACGCACCCGCCGUCGCCCGGCUGGCCCGGCCUGGAGCCGGGCCCGGGCACCACGCAGCCCGUCACGCCGCCCACGCAGCCGACGCGGCCGCCCUGGCAGCCGCCCACGCAGCCCACGAGGCCCACCCGCCCUCCUUGGCAGCCGCCCACGCAGCCGCCGGCCACGCGCCCGCCGACCGCGGCGCCCACGCCCGCAACGACCCCGGCCCCGCAGCCGCCGGGCGGCGGAGCCGACGGCACGUGUGGCAUCAAAAACGGCUACCAGGACCAGGAGCGCAUCGUCGGCGGACACAACGCCGAUCUCGGGGAGUGGCCCUGGAUUGCAGCUCUUUUCAACAGUGGAAGGCAAUUCUGUGGAGGGUCCCUCAUUGACACAACACACAUUCUCACUGCUGCUCACUGUGUCGCUCACAUGAGCUCUUGGGAUGUUGCAAGAGUUACCGUACGUCUAGGCGAUUACAAUAUACGAAUAAAUACAGAAACAAGGCACAUCGAAAAGAAGGUUAAGAGAGUUGUUCGACAUCGUGGUUUUGAUGCUCGUACACUGUAUAAUGAUGUUGCAAUUCUCACAAUGGACUCCCCGGUUACAUACUCAAAGAUGAUUCGCCCUGUCUGUCUACCAACUGGAAGUGCAAAGUAUGAAAGUCAGGAAGCAACUGUAAUUGGCUGGGGAAGUCUUCGUGAAAGUGGCCCACAACCGGCAGUCUUGCAGGAGGUAACAAUACCCAUAUGGACAAAUCGAGAAUGUAAGGCAAAAUAUGGAAAUGCAGCACCUGGUGGUAUAGUGGAACAUUUUCUAUGUGCAGGACAAGCAGGACGUGACUCAUGCAGUGGUGACAGUGGUGGCCCACUCAUGAUUAACAACGGCCGCUGGACACAGGUGGGCAUUGUCAGCUGGGGAAUUGGCUGUGGCAAAGGCCAGUAUCCAGGAGUUUAUACGCGUGUCACUCAUUUCAUGCCAUGGAUUACAAAGAAUCUGAAGUAAUGCAGAAAAUGAGAAUGAGGUGGCACAUCUUGCCAUUUUGUGAUGGUAUCAAUAAGUUACAACAAAAACAGUACACAACUGUGCUUCAACUCUUCAAGAUUUACAGUUAUAUUUACGACCCUCAUCACUGUAACUAUGCAAUAAAUGAUAAGUACACAACUACA